GAUCGGAUCUUUCUGACAGAAUCAUGGCAGAAGUUGCUCCCGCUGCAGCCGCCGUUUCUCCGGCACCUCCUAUCAAGAUCAAAAAGAAGAACAAGACUGUGAGGAACAAAGCCACAUGCGGCCAACUCAUCCUGAAGGCGGCGGCCAGCUCCAAUGAUCGCAAAGGUGUGUCCUUAUGCGCACUGAAGAGGGCGAUGUGCGGUGAAGGAUACGACGUGGAGGGAAACACUGGUCGCAUUAAAUGUGCCCUCAAGAAGCUGGUGGAAACAGGUGCUCUCGUGCAGGUUAAGGGAAGCGGAGCUUCCGGAUCCUUCAAGGUCGGUAAGGUAACUGAGAAGACCAAGAAGAAGGACAAGAAAGGGGCGAAGUUGAGGGUCAAGAAAGCGGCGGAAGCGAAACCCACAGCCAAUAAGAGUCUAACCCCGAAGAAGGCAAAAAAGAAAGCCACGAAGAAAGAAAGCCCCAGGAAACCAGCCGCCAAGAAACCAUCGGCCAAGAAGCCGACUACUAAGGUACCAGCAGCCAAGAAGGCGAGGAAGUCCGCAGCAGUCAAACCCAAGAAACCCGCUCCCAAGAAAUCCACCAAGAAACCCGCUGCCAAGAAAUCCACCAAGAAAGCAGCUCCCAAGAAAUCCACCAAGAAAGCAGCUCCCAAGAAAGCAGCAGCCAAGAAGUAAACCAUAAACUUUACUUCGUCCACAAAAAGGCUCUUUUAAGAGCCACCCACAUCUUCUGAGGAGUAAAAUAAUUUCUAUUGUUACAGCCACUGGUUCUGCUGUUUAUUUAAAUGUACAAAAUUUGGCCUGAAUAUUCACCUUUUCUUCAUGUGUACAUAGAUUUAUUAUAUUGUUUUUACUGCUUGUAGAGACAUGUUUUGUAACAGAAACAAAAAGUUUUCUAUUAUUAAUUUUACAAUAAAAUACAAAUAUUUUGUAAAAUAUUUGUAAAUAAAUAUUUUAUAAUAUUUCAUAAA